AGGCAUUUCGUUCUCACCGUACACUAGUACCAUACCAUUGGACGGAGUACUAGGUAAAUCAUGUGCGCCCACCUAGUUGUACCGAGAUGGCGUCAUGUUCAAACAGCGAGACUUGGUUGUCAUUAUGCCCAACUAACAUACUUACACGUGGUUGGUGCGCUGGAAAAGUGUUUCUCCUGAGUACCUACAAUAUCAAAUAAGCGUACUACAUAGGUAGAAUGAGGUAAUAUCAAGAUAUGAACUGCAGAUGCUCACGGCGAUCAGUGUAGAUCAGCUUUCAAAAAUCGACCAAGGAAGAUGAUUUCAUCGUCGCCAAAACCAUGACAAGAGCCAGCUCCAGACCCAGCGCCUUUCCCAACCCGCCCCACAUCAAAAUAUCUACAUGUACCUAGGUAGCUGGAUACCUACUAGCUCGCCUGGGUAGGUACCUGCUAGCCCUCACAUGCAUUAUCUUCUGCUCAGUUGCCGCUUCAGUAACUGGAAUUGUAAACUCGACAACCCAACGCUGUACGCCAACAGUAUAUUCUUUUAUCGAUAAGCCGACCUCCUAGUAUCGGACAUUCGUUUCAUUCCACCAUGUUGAUACUCCCGUCUCGCGCCUGUCCCGUGCCCAGCUAGUGUCUAUCUCGCUGGCUUGUCUGUGCGUGCAUCGUGGGGAUGAGGAGGUCACCUCUCCCCGUGCUGGCCUCUCUUCCGGGCCGGGCGCGAUGGCCACUCUACUGUCGUGAUGUUUACUCUGUGUUUUGGACUUCCUCAUUCAAGCAACUUAGCUUCAUAUCGUCGACUAGCGCAGCACGCGGUAUCGGCGAUGCCGCCUCACCUCCUCCGGACUCUCAACUGAGGCUUCCUUUUCAUCUCGAGACAGGCGUUGCACUUUUUGCGAAGCGCACACCUCGGCCCUUUCCCCCUCCUUUCUUGUCACCGCCCUCCGGCUCCUUCUCAGACCCCCUGAGCACCCAUCAUCAGAGUCGUGACAGGCGCGUCUUCGUUCAUGGAGAGCUUAUUCGGGGUUACACUAAUGGCGAUGAUGCUGUCUAUGCUAGUGACCACUUCAUAUGUGCCAACGAUGGGGUUGGUGCGUGGUCAUCUCGGCCGAGAGGUCACGCUGGUCUGUGGUCUCGAUUGAUCUUGCAUUUCUGGGUGGAAGCUAUGGAAGAAGAUAUGGCUAAAUCUCAGUGGCCAAGCUCCACCUAUCAACCUGACCCAAGACGAUAUCUGCAGAGGGCGUACGAAAGAACAGUUGAGGCUACAACUGGGCCAAUCAACUGUCUAGGAACAACGACGGCUACUGGUGCGCAACUCUUCUACAAAGGAGACUUGAGCAACCCGCAAUCAAAUAUUGUGCCACUUCUAUAUGUAACGAAUCUAGGCGAUUCACGAGUGAUGGUCAUCCGCGUGAAAACUCGGGAAAUAUUAUACCAAACAAAAGAGCAGUGGCAUUGGUUUGAUUGCCCGAGACAACUCGGCACCAACAGUCUAGACACGCCAGAUCAGAAUGCUACAGUCGACACCGUAGAGCUUGCCGAAGGAGAUUUAUGUCUUGCCAUGUCUGACGGAGUCACCGAUAACCUCUGGGAACAUGAGAUUGUCGACAACGUGUUGAAAAGCGUAGAGCGCUGGGAAGCUGGAGAAGGCGGCCCUGCCCAUGGUGAUCGCACUCAUGGCGCAAACGGCGGCAUGGUAUUUGUGGCUCAGGAACUCAUGAAGGCGGCCAAAGCUAUUGCAACUGACCCCUUUGCGGAGUCUCCAUAUAUGGAACACGCCAUUGAAGAAGGACUAGCUAGCUCAGGUGGGAAACUUGACGAUAUCAGCGUUGUAGCCGGGUUAUGCCGACGUGCCUCUGCGUAGGAUUAAGGGUAUGCGUGUAGGUCUGGAGGCACUCUGUUCAUUAGGCCGUUUUGAAGUUUUAGAUAUCAUAUUAAGGGUACGAAGUUGGACGGACAUAGGCGUUCGGACUUCCAACCUUACUACUAUAUAGAAUGUUAGUUACAUGGACGAUGUUGGGUGGGGCCGGCUUUAAUAGGGCGUUUCGGCAUGCAUCAGCGCAUUGGCAGAGUCACAGAGUCAAUCUGCUACAUCAUAUCUUGCAAUAAGAAAAUAUCAUCGUUUCGAAUAUGAAGGGCGAGAGAGUACAAUACGUAGUGAAGUUCUUACGGGUCAAACCUAAGGGAGGUUAGGAAACACCUACUUAAAAUACUUAUUAGGUACAUAGCUACAUAGGUACUGUAGAGGUACCUACCUACCUACGGGUACCUAACCUACCGAAGUGCAUAGGUACCUAUAUAAGAUAGUGGGGUAUAUGCAAGUAAAUACCCACACACGUAGGAUAUCCGAUAUCGAUAAAGAAGUUAAGAGUGCUAAUACAUC